AUGGCCGGCCCGACUGAAGAAGACAUCGCAUGGUUUAGGUCUACGUUUCGGCCAAUUCCUAAACCCCAACUCCCGGAUGACUGUGUUGAAUAUUCGCUUUACUGGAUCCCGCUAGAUGGCAGCUCACCUGACGAUGUGGGCAAGUCGGACUCGAUUCGCACGUCCUUGACUGAAGUACAGAAAUAUUCAUCGGCGCUGUUAAAACAAUAUUUGAAGGGCUAUGUCUGGCAGCGUGACAAUUUCAAACUGGAACUCACGAAGGAAGAUGAUAGCGAUGGGGAAUUCUUGCUUGUCGAAGCGGCAGCAGCAUUGCCAGCUUGGUUGGAACCCGAUGUUGCUGAUAAUCGAGUUUGGAUCAACAAGGGAGAGCUAGUCAUUAUCAAACCUGGACCCUCACCUGGUACCAAGAAGAAAGCCGCAUCUGGUAAACUGACCUUUCGAGAUGCAAGGGACAUAAUCCUUACCGAGCCUAAAAGGCUAAUGCGGUCGCCUACGAUCGGGGAGGAAGCAUUUUACAGACUCCGAAAUUACCCAGGCCAGAUUGAAAAAAAUUUGCACUCGUCUCUGAUUACCAUACCACGGAAAAUUGCCCACCUACUACACACUAAACCGGGUUAUAUAUCUCCAGCCAUUGAGGCAUUUUACCUACGGGAUCCCAUUGCGUUGCGGCCUCUACAAGCCAAGGAUUCAAAUAAAUUGGUAUUUGAGCCUGAGAAUUUCGUUACAGUUAGUGUAAAAUUCACAAAAGUUGGGUUUGCACAAUUAAAAAGCCAGGACUUUCCGGCGCCAACCAAGUGGGAGGGCCGGUUACCUGAAGCAAAAACACCCAAGGAUUCCGAGCGUGCGGAAAUCGGAAUGAAGUUGUCUUGUGGCUUUGAAAUGUUGCUGUCAGAUCCGCAAAACCGCGAUAAACCGUCUGUACGAGAAAUGAAACUUAUCCUUGAUGAUAUUGAGAUUGGCGAGGAGAGGCUCCCGACAGACGAAGAGAUCAAGAGCAGUUGGGGUACGCGAGAUGACGAUGAAUCAUGGCUUGAUAUUAGUUUCGAAGACCUUGAAGGCGAGCUGAAAGGACGCGGUGGUGGUGAGAAGGCCAAAAAAGGAGGAGACUUUGGUGAUAAAGCCGCGCAAGAGAACCUGCAAAGAAUAGUCUCGAAGUUCGAAGAAUUCCUAAACGAUGAUUCAGCCGGAUAUGAUGGGGCGGGUCUUAUUGAUGAGUUUGGCUCGGACGACAGCGAUGGAGAUAACUACGACGAUGAUGACGAGUUUAGUAGUGACGGAGAAGAUAAGGAGGCAUCCUUUAACGAGGAGGAGUUUUCAAGGAUGAUGAAGGAGAUGAUGGGCAUGCCAUCCGUCUCGAAUCAUGGAUCUUCAUAUAGGCCAAAACGCAUCCAGGAUCUCGAUGAAAAAUCAAGUGACGGAGAGGACGACGAAGACGAGAUCAAAGACUUGUCCAAGCAGAUGGAGGCAGAGUUGAGAGAAGCCGGGUUUUUUGACCAACUCAAUGCCUCCCGAACCGGAUCAGAUGGCAAAAAAAGGGCUGUCAAAGGGAAAGCUCCGAUAAGGGGUGAUGAUACUGAUGGGGAUAAUGAAGAGGAAGGUGAAGUUCAAGAACUUGACGACACUGAGAUCGACAUCAAUCUAGCGAAAAAUCUCCUAGAGAGUUUUGACAGUCAAGGCGGCGCCUCCGGACCCGGGAGCAACAUGCUUGGCAUGAUGGGGAUGAGAAUGCCAAAGGAUGACCGGAAGUGA